GAGAGGAAGCAAACAAAGGGUUGAGUUUGUUUACAGGUUUGCAGACUGAUUAAAACACUUCAUUCUUUUUUGUUGUGUUUUCAUGUUACUUUUUUAAGCUCUACUUGGAUUAUGUACUCAGAGGCACGAUCCUGAAAUGCAUUCAAGACCACCAAAUUCGUCCGAUGGCUCGACCGCAGUAACAGCAUCGGAGGCCAGCGGAGGAGAUCUACCACCUGUCGGUGCCACAGGAGCGCAAACGUCCCGUUUAAACCGCGGCUCUACCGGAGGAGGAGAACCGGAUUCGCCUUCCUGGUGCAGAACCCCGAAGAGCUUUGACGUUUUUCAGAGCCGGACGAUAUUCCGCUUCCCUCGCCGUUCCUCCAGUGGAUAUUUUUCCUCUGACUGCGACUCAUUGCCAAGCUCCCCGCUCUCCCCGAAGCCAGUGAUGUCUGACAAAGCGAUACAGACCCCGAGCCUCACCGGACAGGUGCUAAUACACGCCCUGCAGCGCAUGGGUGAGGUGCACGGUGAAGGACCGGGCACGCAACACGAUCCGUCACCCAGCCCCUCUAGGACGUGGCAGCAAAACGCAGCAGGGGACAUGCAGGCAGAGACAUUCGGACAACAGCUCAGACGAAUAGGAGACGAGUAUAAUCAUCUCCUAUUGCAAAGGAGGGCACCUAGACCGGUUGUUCUCCUGCCGAACAUAGUGCCUCAUAUCCACCAGGAGCCUGUCACCCUUAUCUGUGUAGGCCUACUGCUGAUACUGAUUGGGCGAUGGAUUUGGAUACAAGGCAAUACAAACACCCAGGACACCCAGGUUUAAAAUGAGAGUGGUAGACCUAGAAACCCGGCAGAUGUAGCAUUUUUUUACUAACUGUUUUUGGAUCUACGUUUUUUGGGGGGGGAACUCGUUUUUAGCCUCUACUCUCUGCUUUUCCAUUUGCAAAAAAGACUGCUUUUGUCUCCUGGAACUCUAAUCCUUUUUUGUGUUUGCACCAAUGUUUUUCCGUCAUGGCCUCAAAGAUUUUGUGAUGCUACCAAAGAGGCAAGAUUUUGCAAUUCUUUGUGGGCAGGGGCAGUCGCAAUACCUUAAUAUGCCUCUGCAAAAUGACGCCUAUGGAAAUUCAAAUGUGCCUUGAACAGUUUCUCGUUUACUUCGCUAGCUUUCCAUACAAUUUUUUUUUUGUACAAAGAUAAUGUUCUCCCCAGGUCAAAAUAUCUGUCAAAAUGGAUGACUUUGGUUUGGAAUUGCACCUGCAUCACAUUCAUUGCCAUCAUGCAGCAGACUCAGGACCUCUGUAGGAAUCAGCCGGACCAGACUUGCAUCAGUAUCCAACAUGUUUUUAAAAAUACUUGUGGCAGAUUGACAGCACACCAGCAUUUUAGAACUCAAAUGAAUUGGGUAUUAUGUUUUUCUUGAAUCUAUAAUCUGGAUUAUUAUCCCUUAAAAGGUACUUUUAAGUUACUGAUAUAUAGCAGGAGACAUCUGUAUGAAUCUUCAUUUGUUUUCUAAACAUAUAUAGCAUAGAAAUUUGUUGUCUUCUAAAACUGCAAAAUUGAUGUUUUAUCACUGUGUUUCAUGACUACUUUAACAACAAUUGGUACAUAAUAUACAGCACAACCUGAUAAUGAACUGAGCCCACCCAAGUAGAUUUUACCAUCUGCAUCUUUUAGACUUUAUCAAAAAACCCUUAAUCAUAACACAAGAUGAUAUUGAACCAACUUCCUGCAGUAGUAGAUACAAGUCUUCCAAUCUCCACUAGAGAACUCAAAAAUGGGUUAUACCACCAAAUACUAUCUGUGUACAUGGCUUCCUACAAGAUGACAUCAAAAUGCAAUAACAGUUUUCUUCUUUGGUCAUUUUGUAUUCAGCAUUAAAGCAAAGAAAAAGAGUGUGUUAAUAACCAAAAUCUGAAUGUGAGUGUUCCAUUUUUGUUUAAUAACAAAAUUGGAGGAAUUGUUACUAAGUUGAAAUCCAGUUAGCAGAGUGGUGUUGAUGAACAAAGUGAACAACAAAACUAUUAAAUAGUGUCAUUUCACAGUGUCUUGUUUAUGCAUUAUGCAACCUUUAAAUUUAAACUAAUCAACCAUUACUGUCUUCCACCUUCUUCGUUAAGCAUCUGGUUUUACCAUUAGCAGGCAGAGUGCAAUGGUUUCUUGACAAGGUCACGAUAUCCGUAUAUUAGCACAGUGAUUCAGACCUGGCCAAGUCUCCAUACGCUUGCCAGGUCAUUAAAUAGUUAGUUUGAGUUUUGGACAAACACCAAACAUUGAAUAGUGCAAGUCAAAGACUCUUAAAUAACUAAGUGAUUAGCGAACAGCGGAAAUAGAGGCUUCAGAUUAAAAACAUGUAUUUGUAUCUUUGAACUCUUGAUGCCAAUGAAAACCUUUGUUGUGUUAUAAUGUAAGAAUUCAUGAUCCUUAAAAAAAUAGAUAUUGGGUUAUGUUACGAAAAAAUAAAUGUUACCACUUAAUCCUGAUUAAAUCUGAAGUAAAUACAAA